CAAGCCUCCUUCAAGAUGGCUGGCGGCAAAGCUGGGAAAGACUCUGGCAAGACUAAGACCCCAAAAGUGUCCCGUUCACAAAGGGCUGGCUUACAGUUUCCGGUGGGUCGUAUUCACCGGCAUCUAAAAUCAAGGACUACAAGUCAUGGAUGUGUGGGAGCUACAGCUGCUGUGUAUAGUGCUGCUAUCUUGGAGUACCUUACAGCUGAGGUUCUUGAAUUAGCAGGAAAUGCACCCGAAAACUUGAAGGUGAAACGAAUCACUCACCAUCACUUACAGCUUGCAAUAAGAGGUGAUGAAGAACUGGAUUCCCUAAUCAAAGCAACAAUUGCUGGUGGAGGUGUAAUUCAACAAAUCCAUAAGUCUCUCAUUGGGGGGAAAAGGGACAGCAGAAAAUAGUGUAAAGGAGGAACAUGGGAUUCCUUAUUAACCUGGGCCUCUUAAAUGCUCAGUUGUCCAGUGUUGGUGGAUUUCCAGUGGACUGCAUCUGUGAAACACUUUUUGCCUUUCUGUAACCUUGACGCUGGAUGCCAUCAAUCUUCCUAACAAACCAAAAUUCUAUAUUUGAAGUCUUGACCUUAUUUAAGUGUUACAUGGCUUCAGAGAAGCUGUUGUCGUGGUUCUUGACUGUUUUAGAUAUGUUGGAUUUUAAUGAAAUUCUUGACAUUGUUGCUCAUU